UGGAAAAUAUAUUUGAAGGUUCAAGCCUUUCUUUCUUUAAGCUUACUUUUUAUUCGUUGUUCAUAGUUUAAUUUGCAGGGAUGUCACUCAUUCCUAGCCUUUUUGGUGGCCGAAGAACCAAUGUCUUCGAUCCAUUUUCUCUAGAUGUAUGGGAUCCCUUUGAUGGCUUCUCCAACUCUGCAUUGGCUAACAAUGUGCCUUCUUCGGCACGCGAAACUUCAGCCUUUGCUAACGCAAGGAUUGAUUGGAAGGAGACACCGGAAGCUCACGUUUUCAAAGCUGACCUUCCAGGGCUGAAGAAAGAGGAGGUGAAAGUUGAGGUUGAAGAAGGGAGGGUUCUUCAGAUAAGUGGGGAGAGGAGCAAAGAGCAAGAAGAGAAUAAUGACACGUGGCACCGCGUCGAGAGGAGCUGCGGGAAGUUCCUGAGGAGGUUCAGGUUGCCUGAGAAUGCAAAGAUGGAUCAGAUUAAGGCUAGCAUGGAAAAUGGUGUGCUCACUGUUACUGUCCCUAAGGAGGAGGAGAAGAAACCUGAGGUUAAGGCCAUUGAUAUAUCUGGCUAAAAUAUAUGGUGAAAACAACUUAAAGUUUCAUAGAACUCAAUCAUGAAAACAAUAAGAAAAUGUUGUUAGCAUUUGUUUGAGUGUGAGGUCUUUCCAUUGCAUUCCUUAUGCUUUUUUUAAUUAAAAUGAUGUAGUAGUGUGUGACAAGGUUUUGAAUAAAUUUGUGCUUGCUUCGAUCUGAUCAAA